CACCAUCACAUGACCCCCCCCCACCCACCACAGCAUUCCUUGAGAGAAAACAGCCAAGAAGAAAGGGCUCUCUCAAGAGGAGCUCUCUCAAGAAGAGUUACAGCGAAGUGGCCCCCCUCGAGUUCCUCUGCCGCCACACUUCGCUCGUCCGCCUCCACAGAGGGAAUUGGCAGUGGGGAGCGAUCAGCAGUGGAGUCGCCAGGAGUGCACUGAUCAGCUUCCCUGCCACACGGAGCGGACACACGGAACGAGAGAGAGACAUCUGACCAUGCAGAGGACAGUCUGGAGCCGCGUGGCCGCUGUGUUUGCGUGCCUUGUGGCGCUGGUGGGCGCGUUGGCUGUGUCUCGCCCCGACCCUGCCCUGGAUGGGCACUGGGAGGCAUGGACGGUCUACUUCAAGAAGGCUUACACACAAACAGAUGGCAUCAAACGGCGGCUCAUAUGGGAGGAAAACAUGCGAUUUGUCGACAGACACAACUUGGAGCAUUCGUUGGGCCUGCACUCGUACACCCUGGGCAUGAACCACCUUGCGGACCUGACCGUGGAUGAAUUUCGCAAGACGAUGAACGGCUACAGGAGAGGCUCAAGAGAACGCCAUGAAGGCCACCACACAUCCACCUUCCUGGCUCCAGAGAAUUACGAAGUCCCCCAAAGUAUGGACUGGCGGGACCAAGGACUGGUCACACCUAUCAAGAACCAGGGCCAGUGCGGCUCCUGCUGGGCCUUCAGUUCGACGGGAGCGCUGGAGGGGCAGUGGAAGCGCCGCUCAGGUGAGCUGGUGCCGCUCAGCGAGCAAAACCUGCUCGACUGCUCGCGCCCCGAGGGCACGGAGGGCUGCGGCGGCGGCUGGAUGGACGACGCUUUCCAGUACGUCCUCGAUCAGGGCGGCAUCGACUCGGAGAGCGACUACCCCUACACGGCCACGGAUGUCGAUUCGUGCCACUACGACCCCUCAAGGAUGGUGGCGCGAAUAUCCGGCUUCGUGGACAUCCACAAGGGCAGCGAGAAGGACCUGAUCACGGCCGUGGCCUCGGUGGGACCUGUGUCAGUCGCAAUCGACGCAGGCCACCAAUCCUUCCAGCUCUAUGAGUCAGGCAUUUACUACGAGCCGGAGUGUAACUGCACCGAGCUGGACCACGCGGUGCUGGUGGUGGGCUUCGGGGUGAAAGGUCGCGGAGAAAAUGGGAAAAAGUUCUGGAUCGUCAAGAACAGCUGGAGCACCAGCUGGGGAGAUGAAGGUUACAUCCUAAUGGCUCGUGACCGAAAAAACAACUGUGGAAUUGCCUCGGCUGCCAGCUACCCACUGGUUUAGCUUAGCGGCGAGCACCCGGGGCCCUGGCACAACACCUCAAAGCUUUCUCGUAAAAAAAUAAUUGUUUGAUAUAUUCCCGUGUUUACGUCUCCUGUUCAUCAACCUUUAUUCAGGCCCGAAACAUUCCCUCCAAGACAAGUUGUCCCUUCGCCACAGCUAACAUGUGUUCUAGUCGACUUGUUUUGUUACAACUGUGACCCAGAGUUACGCGAGUAAAUACAACAAAAAAUAUUCCGCAAAUUGUGAAGUGAAAAUCCUGCCAGAUUAGGAGAUAUCUGCAGAAGUUGUUAAAAUGAAAACAAAAACUCGACACGUUCGUCAAUGACGCUGUGGCCUUAAAAAUAAAAAAGUAUAUAAUACGCACCAUUGCAGGCAAUGGCCCUUCUUCACAGAAAAUAGCGAGGCCAGAGAGAUAAGAGUGCGUGGAGAGAGGCUUCUCUGGCCUCUCAGUGCUCUGAAGAAGGGCCACUUGGCCAGAAGGGGCAAUUGGCCAACACGUCACCUAUUAUACACUUUUUCUUUUAAGUCCAAAGUGUUACGGGCGAAUGUGUCGAGUUGUUUUGUUAAUUGCACUUGUGCGGCAAUUCCAGCGUAAUAGAACCAAAGUGAUAAUGCAGGAAUGUUAUAUUCAUCACGUCCCUGGGUGGGGAGCGAGGGGUGAAGGGGCGGUGUCGCGGCCUGCACACCGCGCCACGAACCCGUUGGCCUGAGUGCGAUACGUGACGGCCGCCAACAUCAGUGGCGAGUGAUAUUCGAAACAGUCCCGAACCCUUUCACCAAGUUGCACUGACUAGCGUGGUGAAGUAUGGUCAAACAACCCCCAUGACCGACAUAGCGUGGGAAUGGCUUGCAUCCAGCAUCGAAUAUACAAAAGGGCUGGAAUUUUUACUGAUUCAAAUUCCUUGAUUAUUUUCCUGCACGAAAUAUAUGGGAUAAUUUUUUUUUAUUUAAAUGUGAUCGUUUAGUUCAGUGGUUCUCAACCUGAGGUGCACGCACCCCCCGGGGGUGCGAGAUGCCCUUUCUGAGAGUGAUGCAGGCUGCAGUAAAGGUUAAGAACCACUGGUUUAGUUGAAUUCAGCACACAAUGUAUUAAAAUCUGCACCAUAUUACACAAGUAUUGGAUUUUAAUGUUUGUUGUUCAUGUUUCAAAGUAACGCUGAUGUGACAAUCAGCUGAUUUGUCUUGGCAUCACUGAUGAGUGCUGGCACAUUCCGUGAUGGCUUUGCUUUGUCUGCUUGUCUUGCGAUUGAACCUCAUGCACGUGAUGUUUACCAUUUUAUAUUCUACUAUUGACAUAUUUGUGAAAUGCUCAACUUUAUAUCAAUAAAUGUAAACAAAUUCUU